GGAUAUCCUGUUCCGCUGACAUGAGGCUGUUUUGACAUUAGCAGAGAAGCUAACCGGAAGCUAACAGCGGGGGAGAAGUUAGAGAGCUGGUUCUUCACCGGAGCCGCGUCACAUGUUGAGUGAUGGAGGAGCUCGUCAGAUAACGGGACACCGCGGACACGUGACGCCUCGGCUGGAUGCAACGGCGGCCUGCUCCUGAUCCUCGCGGGGCUGCAGCAGGUGGAAGCCGCCGCCGCCGCCGCGGAGAUGAGCCACUUGAACUGGAAGCCGUUCAUCUACGGAGGCAUGGCCUCGAUUGUCGCAGAAUUCGGGACAUUUCCCAUUGACCUGACUAAGACCCGACUGCAGGUCCAGGGUCAGUCGCAGUACACAGAGGUGCGCUACAGAGGCAUGUUCCACGCCCUCUUCAGGAUCGGCAAAGAAGAGGGAGUUCGAGCGCUGUAUUCUGGGAUUUCCCCGGCUCUGUUGAGACAAGCUUCCUACGGGACAAUCAAGAUCGGAACUUACAACACUCUGAAGAGGCUGUUUGUCACUCAUCCAGAAGAUGAGACGAUGGUCAUCAACGUCUUCUGUGGUGUCGUGUCUGGAGUCCUGUCCUCCUCUCUGGCCAAUCCCACCGAUGUCCUCAAGAUCCGAAUGCAGGCGCAGGGCAGUCUGCUCCAAGGCAGCAUGAUAUCCAACUUCAUCAAUAUCUACCAGACAGAGGGCACCAGAGGGCUGUGGAGAGGAGUCAUUCCCACAGCACAGCGAGCCGCCAUUGUCGUCGGGGUGGAACUUCCUGUCUAUGACAUAACAAAGAAGCACCUGCUUCGCUCUGGCGUCAUGGGAGACACCAUUCUGACCCAUUUCAUUUCCAGUUUCACGUGCGGCUUGGCCGGAGCUUUAGCCUCCAACCCUGUAGACGUGGUGCGGACUCGUAUGAUGAACCAGCGAGUUCUGUCGGGAAGCCCCAUGUACAAAGGAACUCUGGAUGGACUGAUGCAGACGUGGAAGAACGAGGGCUUCUUCGCUCUCUAUAAGGGCUUCUGGCCCAACUGGCUACGACUGGGACCUUGGAACAUCAUCUUCUUCAUCACCUUCGAGCAGCUGAAGAAGCUCCCGUUUUAACCUCGGAACAGGAAGUGGGACUGCGCUGGUCUGUGCGACUGUCAGGGGGAUGUGGAGUGUGAGCACGGCAGCACCUGGAGUUUAGACACCAGUAUUUUCACACUCCCCCUCUAAAUCCAUACACACGA